AUGCCCAUCGAUGGGGACCCAUACGUCUGUUGCGUACUGUGUGGGAUCGAGUGUGCCUUAUACAUGGGAGAUCAAUUAAGAAGAGCGCAUAAAGACUGGGGGGCAUGGGCGGCACGAAAAUUCAACAAGAGGAAGAGCCUCAUUGUGCCAGCAGCCGAGCUUGAAAACUUGGAUCUGGAAACAGACCUCCCGAUGUGGUCCUGUUUUUACCGUGCAAUCCUUGAUGAUCCAAAGCCAGGCCGCCUGUCCAUAUCUGGAAUAUCUCCACACCUCAUGUCGGACGGCAGGAAGCAGCUCCGCAUAAUGAUCGAUUCAGAUAAGGCGCUGGCCAUUCCUGGGCCCAUAAUGGCCCGUCAGAGAUGGAACAUGGAUUUUCAUAUGGCCAAUCUCUUUGAGACUGAACGGAAUAGAGAAAAGGGUGCGCGUAUUGGGUAUGUCAUGCAUCCACACUGCUGGCUACUGGUUGAUCGGUUCCUGGGACACGGCGUUGCGAAGCAGGACCUGCGCGCGUUCACACAGGCUAUCGAGAUAUAUUGGAGAGCUGCUGACCGAACACUUUGGAUGCCGGACCUAUCCCAUGACACUGACGACUAUCCAUGCUAUGACAAUGCGGCACCCUGGAUCAAGCAGUACUGUCCCAGAUAUGCGGCAGACUUUAACCGCAUACACUUGUCCGAGAGUCCACUUAUAAUCCGUGAUAUCCAAGCAUUAAUUGCAAUGGCUACUCAGAAGCACAAGAAAACCCUCAGCCACGCCGUGAAGUUGCAUUCUAUCGUUGGUGAUAUUCCUGUCGAAAUCAUAAUGAUGAUCGUUGAUACGAUCUACCAGAGCCGUCCACCUUGUCGCGAGAGAAUCCAAGACACUCGCAAUGUGCUGGAGGCCUUCCAAUGGAAACUACCCAAUUCAUACUGGCAGAGGCGCUGCAACCCUAAUCUUGUGUUCGAGGUGCAAGACGUAAUUAAAGCAGGGACACAAAUCGACUGGGCAUAUUUCUGCCUUGGGCUACAUGAGCUUUUGUUGCAAGAGGACUGGUACUGCAAUAGUGGAUUGUAUUUUCGUGGCCGGAUCCUGUAUCUCAUUGAAUGUAUUAGAGGCAGCCUUUCAAACACAAUCUAG